UCCCAAGCUAUGGAGGCGCUUCGGCAACAGCUGGCGCAUGCUCGGAGGACAUCGCAGGCCUCCACAUGAAUCUCCGAGUACAUGGAUAGUCGGGGAUAGACUUUGGAGAUCGCAGGAACAACACCACCGAGCAACUACUCGGACACAACUUUGCUUCGAGCUGGGAGCCAGCACACCUUUGCAGAUCCUCGUGAGGACCGGUAACAGCAGGAGAUGGAAGUAUGUUUCAUUUGAUUCAAUUCAAAUAUUCCAGACUCAUGAGUUGUUCUCUCAUAGCGGACUGCUUGUCUAUGACUUCAAAGGCGAUGAGUCUUGGCAGAAUCACGAGUCACCUCAACCCCACGUGUGAUACUCCCUCCUCAAAAUCAAACUCCGGCUAUGAACUAUUUCCGCAUCCACAAAACUCUCAUCUGAAAUCCUUCCCAACGAAACAUCACAGCCUUCCCUUGCAUCCUAACGCCCAACGGAGAACAAAGCUUGAGGAAGUCACACUGGGACCGACUGAGAAGUUAGAGACCGGAAUGGAGGAAAGGGCUCUAAAGUUAAAAAUUCCGCUUAAAGACUAUUUCCCAGCUCAGUACUCGGUGUGCGGCAAAUAUAAUGAGGCAUCUAAUCUGAUAAAAUCAUGCUUAUCCGCCAAACAAUUGCAACUGUUCCGCCAGCUAUCAUGGGGCCAUCUUGUGGAUGUCCCGAAGAUUCAAUUUUCUGCCCAAAUAGUUCAUGUGCUGCUUUUACGCCUUGUGGAGGAACAACCAGAAGAUGAACUCUGGUUUUGCGUUCAAGGAAAGGUCUUAAAGUUUACCUUUGCUGUUUAUUGUCACAUAACCGGUCCAUUACAAAAAGGUGGGAAACACAUUGGUUCGAAGGGACGAAGGGGAUGAAGAGCGGGAGGGUGGCGAUGAAGAGAUGAGUGAAGCCCAACCGGCAGCCCGGCCACGGCGGACCAUGACACAGAGCCUUGACUAUCUCAUCGACUCCAUAGACCACAUGCUCACAAGGAUGGAUGUCUAUGAGACUCGGCAAGAGGAGCUUUACACCCGCUAUGAUUCUUUUGAGGCCCGCCAGGCAAGAAUCGAGGAGCAUUUGGAAGGAUAUGACCAAAGGUUCAAGCAAUUUACCCACCACUAUUACGGUCAAUAUGGGAACCCCCCUCCCGGUCCACAAUAUUGAACCUCUUUUGUUGCUAUUUUCUGUGAUACAAUCUUCUCAAAACAAACUUUACUGUGGAUGUUGAUUGAAGUACUUGUUUAUCAUGCAUCAUCAUACAUUGGGACAAUGUAUCUUAAGUGUGGGGGGUGCAUUCAUGAUGGUUAAACAAAU